AUGUGAUCAGCUGUGUCCAAUCACAGCCCAUCGCAUGUGCACUGAUCAUCAGUGUAGCCCCAGCAGUGCCACCUGUCAGUGUCCAUCAGUACCAGCUGUCAGUGCUCAUCCAUGCCACCUGCCAGUGCCCAUCAGUGCCACAUAUCAGUGCCUACCAGUGCACAUCAAUGCCACAUAUCAGUGCCUACCAGUGCACAUCAAUGCCACAUAUCAGUGCCCACCUGAGCUGCCUUUCAGUGUCACCUAUCAGUGCCAGUCAGUGCCACCUAUCAAUGCCAGUCAGUGCUGCCUAUCAGUGCCAGUCAGUGCCGCCUAUCAG